AUGUCCAAUCAACGACGCAUGAUCGUGAGGCCUCCCGCUCCUCCUCCAUCGUGCGAGGAAAGCGUCCAUUACCCGGUCUUCAAUCCUCGAGAUCCUCGGCAUAAUCCUGCCGUGGCUACAUCCUCGUGGGAUAGGGAUAGUUAUUAUAUCUCUCCGAGCACUAGUCUUGAAAGCCCAGUAAGUUGGGUACAGAGUUUGCCCAAACGAUCUCUUCGGAAAGCACGUUCAGGACUUGUAGCUCUGAGGGCUGGAAUGCAGAGGCGCGCUGCUAUCUUCGCUUCAAGCCGCACUGCCAAUGUACUGCAACCUUGGCCUUUGUCUGAUACCCUGGAGGGAGAUCAACAGGAUGACUCCUCCUUUCCAUCGACAAUCUCCGAAGCCAGCACAGAGGAGGACUCCGAGUUUGGAACUCAUCUGCACAGAACGGAAUGCAACGAUUCUUCAUCGUUGAGCUGUGAUGUGGAUAAAUGCCUCGACAAUUGGCCGUUCUCUGUCACCAUAAAUGAUCUCAAUCCUUUCCAAGAAUUGAGCGGGGGGUACUGGCCACCCGGUCUCUUUCUAACAGAGGCAGCACAUUGCAUCUUCCCGGGAGACUCGACUGACGUGAAUAAUGGGCUAGGGCCACAUAUGCCCAGAGAAUUAACUACUGGAGAUUAUAUUCAGCUGGAUGACUAUUUCAUGAAUGAGUCUGAUUCCCAAUCCGAAGAUUCCCGCCCAGAAUUGAGUCGUUUAUCUAAAAGCCUUCCCGGGCCCGGAUGCUCUCAGAUACGAGAUGCUAACACCCAGCCCACCCUUGCAACCAUUCCAACGCCAUUUUCCAACAGCCCACUUGCACCAACCUCGCCUGGAGCCACAAGUAUGAACGGGAAUACUCACCGGACCAUGUCCCCAUUGCCUCUCAUCAGUUCACCCGAGACACCUAAGCUCCCAACGUCGGACGGUGAAACUAAAAGUCCGAAGGUAGUCUCAGCGGUACAGUCACCAGGCCGGUUUUACGCGUCCAGGACUCCUCAGGUGUCUAGUGCUGCACUAGUAGCAGAGUCACGCGGGCUCAUUGAUCGAGUUAGUGGCUAUAGCGAUAAUAGUAUCACUAGGACGGAAGACGGAACUGAAGGAGACGCUUCAGAAUCAGCGCCCUGUCAAGAGCCAUCUUCAAACCUACAAGCAGAGCCUGUCGAGUCAAAUCGCCCGUCGAUCACUAACAGCACCCAGACACAGGACAACUCGGAAGCUCGGACAAAUGCCAGCACAUCAAACAACCCUGUGCAAACGAUGUUAGCAUUCAGCUUGGGUCCUGAAACCGUGGCAUCUGAAGUGCAAGAUGAUAACGGCCAUGAUACUCCGUCGCGUCCAUCUGGCGACACCAACGGAUUGGCCUGUAGCGACUUCUCCAGGGGGCAAGCGCCAUGGUCAACCCGCCCGAGCGAAGACGCUACGGCAACGGACCUCACUUCGGUAUCAAACAAUGUAUGGACACCUAUCGAGAAUGGUGACCUCACUUCACUAUUAUCCCUCACAGACGAAUACUUUCUCGUUGAUGGCAAAACCAGUGGCCACCCGGAUAGAGGUGAUAAUCCUACAAAAGCAGAACGGAGCAUCGUCAGCGAUGGGAGCUUGUACAGUGGACCCGGUUUUGAUUGCGGCUCCAUUGGAACGAUAGACGUCCCCGAAAUCAUUGGCCCUGGAAGGCCGGUUCAAGUACCGUCUCCCCGGGCAUAUCGAGCAGAACGUGAUCCCAGCGACGACUCUAUCGAUGAAUAUCUUCUUACGUAUCCCAUGUAUCAAAGACGCUAUUUCUCCUGA